CUCACUGGCUCGCGUUCUCGCUCCGGUCGGCUCGAGGCGCCCCUCUCUCAGUCCGAGCGCGGGAGCUCUUCGGGCAGCAGCGCAUUUUUUCUCCUAGGCAGGCGAGGCAAAGCGGGCCGGCUGGCGGGCCGUCAGGCAAGCGGAGGCGGGGAGGGGGCCGGUGGCUGGGCCGUCGGCGGGUUUACCCCGUGCGAUCGGUGUUCGCAGCCCCCGGCGCCCGCCCGCCCUCCCGCCCGAAUGGAUCGGCCGGAACGGCUGGAGCGGCUGGAGCGGCUAGAACGGCCCACGAUCAGGACGCAGUACUUCACUACAAUCGAGGGUUGGGAGCUGAAGGGCCCCGAACGAGAGGCCUGCCGCCUGACCCUGCUGCGAAGGGGCUCGCAGUUUGAGUUACUGAUCCAGUAUCAUGAAAAGGAGGUGCCCGAACAAGAAUUCAUUAUUAUUAAUAGCCGCUUUAAAUGUGUACAAGAAGCAGAAGAAACAUUACUGAUUGAUUUAUCAGCCAUAGCAGCUAACACUCCCUGCAAAGUCCGACUCCAGUAUGACGGCUCUGGAGAGCGUUUCUUUGAAAUCCCUGAUGAGGAUCGGUGCCUGACUUUUCUCUCAGACAUCUUUGCUGCUCAGGAUGCUUAUAAACCUACUUUACUUCCUGAUUUAAAGGAGUCUACCAGCUGGUAUCAGACAUUAGAAACUCCGGAGAAAUCUCCCAGUGACUCUGACACUUCAGGAGUGCUUGGAUUUGAAGAUAAUUUCACUGAAAUGAGUUUGGAGAAGAAAAGAAAUAUACACAAUAAGCAGAUGAGGACCCGUCGGGAGCCCCCACCACCCCCCGGCCACAUAAGCAAAUCGUUUUUGCGUGAAAAGGAAGGUGUGGGCAAAGACCAGCCUAAAGUAACCAACACCAUGCGGAAGCUCUUUGUACCCACCUCCCAGUCUGGGCAGCGAGAGGGACUCAUCAGACACAUCCUGGCCAAGCGAGAGAAAGAAUACGUUAAUAUUCAGAAUUUCAGGUUCUUUGUUGGAACAUGGAAUGUUAAUGGUCAGUCUCCAGACAGUGCUUUGGAACCCUGGCUGAACUGUGAUACUGAUCCUCCAGAUAUUUACUGCCUUGGGUUUCAAGAACUGGAUUUAAGCACAGAAGCUUUCUUUUACUUUGAGUCUACAAAGGAGCAGGAGUGGCUGACGUCUGUGGACAGAGCCUUACACUACAAAUCCAAGUAUAAGAAAGUUCAGUUAGUCCGCUUGGUUGGAAUGAUGCUACUUAUAUUUGCCAAAAAGGACCAAUGUAAAUACCUCCAUGAUGUCGUGACAGAAACCGUGGGAACUGGACUCAUGGGAAAAAUGGGUAACAAAGGGGCUGUGGCCGUGAGGUUUUUGUUCCACAACACUACAUUUUGCAUUGUCAAUUCCCACCUGGCUGCCCACGUGGAAGACUUCGAACGUAGAAAUCAGGAUUAUAAAGACAUCUGUUCCCGAAUGACUUUCUUGGUCCCAAAUCAGGGUCAUCUGAACAUCAUGAAGCAUGAUGUUGUCAUCUGGUUGGGAGAUUUGAACUACAGACUCUGCAUGCCUGACGCCAAUGAAGUGAAAACCCUUAUUAACAGGAACGAGCUUCCAAAGCUCUUGAAGCUAGACCAGCUGAAUAUUCAACGUUCUCACAAGAAAGCAUUUGCUGACUUUACAGAAGGUGAAAUUAGAUUUAUGCCCACCUACAAGUUUGAUCCAAAAACAGACAGAUGGGAUUCCAGUGGGAAAUGUCGUACUCCAGCAUGGUGUGACCGAAUCCUUUGGAGAGGGACCAACGUCAAUCAGCUCCGCUACUGGAGUCACAUGGAGCUCAAAACCAGUGACCACAAACCUGUCAGUUCUCUCUUCCUCGUUGGAGUGAAGGUUGUGGAUGACAGAAGAUACAGGAGGGUAUUUGAGGACAGUGUUCGCAUCAUGGAUAGAAUGGAAAAUGAUUUUCUUCCUUCCUUAGAACUCAGCAAGAGGGAAUUUGUAUUUGAGAAGGUGAAAUUCCGUCAGCUGCAGAAGCAAAAAUUCCAGGUCACCAACAACGGCCAAGUGCCCUGUCAUUUUUCCUUCAUCCCUAAGCUCAGUGACAGCCAGUACUGCAAGCCCUGGCUUCGGGCUGAGCCCUGUGAGGGCUGCUUAGAACCAAGUGAGACAGUUGACAUUUCCUUGGACGUCUAUGUCAGUAAAGAUUCGGUGACAAUCCUGAACUCGGGAGAAGAUAAGAUUGAAGAUAUUCUUGUCCUUCACUUGGACCGAGGCAAAGAUUACUUCUUGACCAUCAGUGGAAGUUACCUCCCAAGCUGCUUUGGCACAUCCUUGGAAGCUUUGUGCCGAAUGAAAAGACCAAUUCGAGAAGUUCCUGUUACCAAACUCAUCGACCUGGGAGAAGACAGCUUCGUAGAAAAGGACAGCCCUCUUCUACCACUGGCUCCUACGGAGGGAAAUGUCAGCGAGAGACCCCUUCAGGUUCCCAAAGAAAUCUGGCUUUUAGUGGAUCACUUGUAUAAGAAUGGUUGUCAACAGGAGGACCUGUUCCAGACUCCUGGCAUGCAGGAAGAGUUACAGCAAAUCAUCGAUUGUCUGGAUACUAGCAUUCCGGAGAUAAUCCCUGGCAGCAAUCACUCCGUGGCCGAAGCACUUCUCAUCUUCUUAGAAGCUCUGCCAGAGCCUGUCAUCUGUUAUGAGCUAUAUCAGAGAUGCCUCGACUAUUCUCAUGACCCCCGCCUCUCCCGACAGGUGGUUUCACAUCUUCCACGGUGCCACAGAAAUGUUUUCCGGUACCUGAUCUCUUUCCUUCGGGAACUCUUAAAGCACUCUAAGACAAACAAUGUCAAUGUCAACAUGAUCGCCAAUCUGUUUUCUGGUCUCCUGCUACGGCCUUCACCCAAUCUGAUGUCAAGACAGACUGCGACCGAUCGCCAGCACGCUAUCCAGUUCCUCCUGGGGUUCCUGCUUAGCGGGGAUGAAGACUAAGUUUCUUCAUCUUGCAUCCUCCACCCCCUUCCUGAGAUUUGAGCUCGGAGGAUCACUAGCUUUGAGUAUUACGAAUUAGUUGAAGGAGUUUUUGCCACCAGGGGAGUUGCACAGCUUCAAAGCUGCUAGCUAUUGAAAAUCUACAGUUUACAGUACUUAGGGGAGUCUUCUAGUAGCUCCUCCACCCACCAAAACACCAAUGACAUGUCCUUAGACAUUAGAGAAUUUCAGACUCAAUAUGUUGCCAAGCCAAAGUCUCCACAUUUUGGUAGUUACGUGCUUUAUCUUCAUGGUACAAAGAGAUUCGUAUUAACACUCCAGUGUUCUCCAAAUCUGUUUGUUGCCCAAAUCUGACUGUCCUGUCUGUGCUUAGCACCCUAGACUUGUGGUUUGAGAUGUGAAUAUUCUAGGUCCAUAUGCACUAUUUGCUUUAGGUGAGAUUUGUAUCUGGAGUCAUUCAUGUGAACUGUAUUUGACUCUCUUUCCCACCCCGCACCCCCCCCCCCCAAUCCCCAUUCCCCCUCAACCAGUAGUAUCACUUUGGAGAAGGUCUGGCUGGGUAAGGCUCCUUGGGUGACUUACUCGUCUCACUGCCAGCAUUUGUGCACUUUUAUUACAGUGGCAUUUGUGUCUCCGUCUGUUCACGUGCCUACAGUGGCUAGGGCCAUCUCCCCUUCUCUCGAACCAUAUCCAGCAACCAAACCUUAGUGACUACUGGAAGAGGAACUUGAUGUCCCAUCGACCUCAGAGGCCGACAACCAAAAUGAAUGCUAGCUGGGGUACCUUGAGAGUGAAGGUGUUUCUCUGUCUUGCAAGUCCUUCUGUCUGGGACAGGGGCGGAAGGGUGUGAAGUUAUAAGGAAUAUUUGGCUUGGGUGUCCUUGGGAUUUGCUUCCACCCUUAGAACCUCAUAUUCCCAAACAGCACUUAGACCACCAGAUAAAGUGUUGGGGCCAACUCCAGCUGUCAUCACUGGAGAUGACCUCAGAAUCCUCGGGAACCUCUUGGCAUUCAUCCUCAGUACCAAAGGGCAAUCAGAAUCCCCCUGCUCUUUCCAAAGUCUAUGGCUAGGAUAGACAGUAUUUUGGCAACUUCCAAUGGAGCACACAACCAACUUUUCAAGUACUAGGUCAAAAGAGGCAACAGUUUACCAAAAUGACAUUGGGGCUAACAAAGCACCUUAUUUCCUCACCUCUAACAUCUCUGAAUUGUUCAUGAAAAUGAACCAACAGGCCAUUCUCUCUUUUUUUCCCCCUUGCUUAAACUUUAUUAGUAAGCAAGUUGGUUGCCAACCAUUAAUCAGAUUGCCUGAUGGGAAACUGUACCACCCCACCCCCUUGAGAGCCACAGUAGGAAGUGACUCAUUCUUGCCUUCUUGAAAAUGAAAUUAGCGGUGCUUGACAUACAUCCAGUCCUUUUAUUCCGUGUGUGCUUUGGGCACUUGUUCCUUUAGCAUACCUAACGGAGGGACUUGGGAAGCCAUGCUACACAUGGCUUUUCAAUCUCUUAUGAAUUAUUCUCAUGACAUGAAAGAAAUGUCAGUUUACCUGAAGUGAGAAACAGCCAACCUGAUUCAGCCCUUUGGAAAUAAGAAUCUGGUUAUUGGUGCCAAACAGUUUGAAAGAUCUGCUAGCCCCAUGGUAAUUUUUUUGUCUUAGUUGGCUAACAGAAGACUGAAAUGAUAUGGUCUUGCCUAUUUCCAAUGGUCCUGAAAGGUGGGGAGGUUAUAGGAAUCAGGGCAUGGUUGUGGAACAGGGCAGGGAAGGAUCUUUCACAUACAAGCUUUCUGCUAUAUCACCAACCUGGAAUCUCAAGGGUGAGCAAGGAUGUGUGGCUAUAAUGGUUGUUUGUGGGUAGUGUGUAGCCACCAUGCCUACUUUGUUUGAAGAUCAAAGUACCAAGUUAGUUUCUCUGCCUCAGUCUGUUCUGUAGCUCUGGCCGUGACAUAUUAGCAGAGCUGAGGGUUUUGGACAAUCUGUAGGUAGGGGUUUCGGGGAGGGGGAAGCAAGAGGUGAGAAGUCGCUUCCCUGCUCUGGCCUGCCUGCUCCAGGCUUCUAGCCUCCACUUCUUAAGUACCUCGUGUGUUCACUCAUUAUUGCCUCUGUUGGAUUACACAUCCAGCAGAUGGGGAGAAACUUUGCAUUUACUGUUGUUGUUGUUGUUAUUAUUGUUGUUGUUGUUUGUUGUUGUUGUUGUAAAGGGUUCCUGUCCUUGGGGCUUUGAUGUUUCUUUCACUGUUUUUUUCAUUGUUUUGACUCUUACUCCCAAAUAGUUUGUUUUUUUUGUCUUGUUUUUCCCCAAGGGGUCUUAGCUGCUAGUGGGUCCCCUUUAUCUUGUUGGUAUCUUUUUUUAUUAUUAUAAUUUAUUGGAAAACUCUUCAUUCCCUUGAAUAAAGCUGUG